UACUAUUGUUCUUUGUUGAUGUCUUAUUGGAAUGUGGAAAAGAGGCAUGGGAGGGUAGUGGUUUGAAAAUGAUGUUAAGAUGCCAUGGGAACAAAAUUCCAAAGACUUAAGAUGUGUAGCAAUGGCUGUUGUGGUUGGCAUCUUUAACCUAACCAAUGUGAGUAGUGUUUUAGGGCAGUCUUUGAUACCCCUCUCUCAUUAUCUUCCGCACGGCUUUUGCUGAUAAUUACCACUAACAUAACAAAAUCCUUAUAUAAAACUUGGUUAUUCUACUUUGUAAUUAACCCGCAUGUGUUUUGUGAACUGUUCUAAGGCUGAGUUUAUGGUUUUUUCUAUUCAUCUUCCAAUUCAAAUUAAAAAGGAAACAAAAAGCAAAAAUUUGCAGUUGCAGAUGCAAUCAUGUUAUCCCUUCAGGGUUUUUUUUUCUUAAUGAUAGUUUGAAUUUAAAGUUGAAGAUGCAAUUGGGAUUUGGAAGGCCAGAAAAUAAGAUGGAAAAGGGAAGUGGAUGAAAAGAAAGAGGGAAGGAAUGACGAGUAGUCUUAUUGCAUUAAGGAGAGAUGCAGGCUUGGACAAAGGGAGUGCAUAUACAACCCCUUCUUUCAAAUGCAAUGCAGGAUUGUGAAGGACGUGAUAGAGGUUGAACUUGAAGCUUCUCAUCCUGAAUCACCAAUCCGAAUUGGAAGGCCAAGCAGCAUGGUCAUCAAGAAGGCGAAAUCUGUGAUUCCUGCACACUUGGUGGCGGAAGCCAUAUCCACCCUCCACGGUCUGGAUCUAAGAUGGUCGGGGCCGAUCACACCAAGCGAAAUGCAGUAUGUUGAAGAGUAUGUUCUCGCCAAGUAUCCGCAGUAUUGCAAUGGCCUUGUCGAGAAAGAAGACGACAAGAAGAUUGGUCUCCACAAUCUCAGUAUCAAUGAGGAAUCCUCAGAAAGUAUGGCGGAUGAAAAGCACAAGUCUCCGAAGAGUAUUGGCAUCAGAGAGUCGUCUUCUCCCUCUUUCAGUAUCAAUCUCUCUGACCUCGACAAAACCCAGUUGGAGCCAUCAAGAUUGCUGGAGAUUCUCACCAAGAAAUCAUCGUUUUCGGGAAACUUCAUCUCCAUCCCAGAAAUCCAAGCUAGAAACCGAGCUUUGCAGCAUUGUGGGCUAUCAGAGAGUGAGUACAUGGUCCUCUUCACUCCAAACUACAAGGACGCCAUGAUGAUGAUCGGAGAAAGCUACCCCUUCUUCAGAGGCAACUUCUACAUGACGAUCAUCGGAGAAGAACGCGAUUAUAUAAGGCAGUUUGUUAUGGCAAAGGAUUCAAAAGUUGUUUCUGCGCCGGAAACUUGGCUGGACCUGAGGAUCAAGGGAUCACAGCUGAGCCAGUACUUCAGAAGGAAGUGUAAAAACAUCCCUAAAGGACUCUUCUCUUACCCUGCAAAUGUGAAUGGAACCCGCUAUUCAAUGCACUGGAUAUCAGAGGCCCACCGGAACUCAUGGCAUGUUCUUCUGGACGCGACGGAGAUGGUUAUCGGGAAGGACCGGCUGACGCUUGCGCUUCACCGGCCGGACUUUGUGCUCUGCACCCUCGAUGACAAGCAUACACAGCCCUCCAUGAUCACCUGCCUCCUGGUGAGGACAAAGUCUUUUGAUACUACUACACCUCUUUCUUAGAAUUUGAUCAGUGUUGGAGGAGCAAGUAAUAAAUCGAAUCCAUCCAAAAAUAUUGUAAUGAAACAAAUUUAUAUAUUUUGAAGAAAGCAAAUAUGAAUUUCUCUUCUUUUUUUCUGUUA